AGGAGGAGGGCAGAGCGCACACGUUGUCGGAGGAGAGAGGACACUCACCUGUUGAACAGCAAGUACUUUUUAAACUCACCUGUUUUUCCUCUGAGACUCGCCGAGCCUGAGCCUUCAGGAUGACGGACACUCUUUUACCGAACGGCAUCAAAGACAGCGGAGGAGAGAGCAGCUACUUCAAAAAGGGCUGUAACCCGUUCGCCCAGACUGGACGAAGCAAACUGCAGAAUAAGCGAGCCAGUGUCAACCAGCAAAUCAUCAAACAGAUGAGGAUGAGGGCUGGAGCUGAGAACCUGCUGAAGGCUACAUCUAACAACAAAGUUAAAGAGAUGGUUCUGUUGGAGUUGAGCUAUGUCAACUCCAACCUGCAGCUACUGAUGGGACAGUUGGAAGGACUCAACAGCUCAGUGGAGGUCUACCAGAACACCCAGGAAACAACAAAUAUCCCCCUCAUUGCUCUGGGUCUGAAGGAGACAAAAGAAGUUGACUUCUCCACUCCAUUCAAGGACUUCAUCUUGGAGCACUACAGUGAAGACGGGAACAGUUAUGAAGAUGAGAUUGCUGACCUCAUGGACCUGCGACAGUCCUGCAGAACACCAAGUCGAAAUGACGCCGGCGUGGAACUGCUGGCAAAAUACUUCAGCCAUCUUCCUCUGAUGGAGAGCCGAUUCUUCUCCCCAACCCGCCAGACUGGCAUCUUCUUCACUUGGUAUGACUCCUUCACAGGAGUGCCGGUAUGCCAACAGAACCUGUCACUGGAGAAAGCCAGCAUCCUCUUCAACAUGGCCGCCCUCUACUCUCAGAUUGGUACCCGUAGUGACCGACAGACAAUAGCAGGCCUGGAGGAGGCCAUCUCUUCCUUCCAGAUAGCUGCAGGUAUCCUGAACCACCUGAAAGAGACAUUCACCCACACUCCCAGCUACGACAUGAGUCCAGCCAUGCUCAGUAUGUUGAUUCGGAUGAUGCUUGCUCAGGCUCAGGAGUGUCUGUUUGAGAAGACUGCACUGCCCGGGAUCCGAAACCAGUUUUAUUCCCUGAUGAAAAUGGCCCAGGAGGCUGCAAAGGUCUCAGAAAUCUACGACCAAGUCCACCAGUCCAUGAUCCAGACGCCAAUCAAAGACAAUGUGCCGUUGUUCUGGUCCACCAUGUCGCAAGUCAAAACCAACCACUACCGCUCCAUGGCACACUACUUUGUAGCCUCAGCACUCCUAGACCACCAAUUGGGUCCCAGUGACGAUGAGGACCAGCAGGAAAAGACCUUGUCACAGGUCUAUGAUCGCCUUCCUGAGGGACGCUCACCCCAGGACAUCCUGAAAAACAAAGAUGAACGUGAACGUAUUGGUAAAGCACACAUUCGGCGGGCCAUCAUGGGCCAUGAGGAGGCUCUGAGGAUCCAUGGUUUGUGCCACCAUUUGAACAAGCUGGACGUGCUGCAGGACAUUUUAAAAGCCAGUCAUCAGCGCUCGCUCAACAAGUACAGUGAACAUGAAAAUGAGGACGAGUUCACCGACUACACGGAGGCCCCAGACAUCAUCUCUAAAACAGAGCACAAAGCAGAGAUGGAGGUUCCCACAACCACAAAGGUGAAAGUCACUGACUUCUUCCAAAGGCUGGGCCCUUUGUCAGUCUUCUCUGCCAAGCAGCGGUGGACAGCCCCACGGACAGUACGAAUUUGCCCAGAAGACAGAGACCUGGGCUUCACCCUUAAAGGAGAAACGCCGGUCCAGGUGGUUUCACUGGACCCCCUCAGCCCAGCUGCUGCUGACGGUCUGAAAGAGGGUGACUACAUUGUUGCCGUGGGCGACACAGACUGCAAAUGGUUGGGCGUGAGCGAGGUGAUGCGACUGCUGAAGGACGUGAACGAGGAGGGGAUCGACAUCCAGGUGGUCAGCAUGAUGGACAGCAACCCUCCGAUGCCAACCAAGAGUGCCACCUUCUGCGGAAACCUGCCUAAGACCUACUCCAUGAUUUGUCUGGCCUAUGAUGACGAUGACAAAAACCCCAAGUCUCGCAAAGUAACCAAGAAAUCAUCCUUCAUCAGCUGGGGUCUGAAGAACAAGCUGAAGAGCGCCAGCACCCUCAGCCUUCCCACGUCUGACCACUCCGGCACCCUUCCCUGGAAUAAACCCUGUCCCACCUUCCCCAGCUCCAGCUCCUACAACAACGACAGUGCCCUCUACUGAGCUAGCUGCAGACUCUACUGUCAGCAAGCAGCGUGCAGCGCGCAUAUGAAGCCUAGUAUGACUGUGUACAGUACUGUGUUGUACCCAUACUGGACCUGCUAUAGAUAUGGUAUGGCACCUGUGCCCUUUGGUGUUUCCACUGGAAUACUGAGCAGUAGUGCAUGUAGCUUGUCUGUCACCAGUGUAAUGAUGACAUGUCUGCCAGCUACCUUGGAAAGUGGCUGUGCCAAAUACUGUAUAUAGGUGCCUUUGUUGGUACGUGGGCCCCUUCCCAGCACAGUUCAGUAUCUGAAGUAAACUGGACUGCACACCAAACACAAUGAGAAAUCAUUCUGUACCAUGCCAGUAUGCGUACAGCACAGUACAACUGCACUGUGGGAAAAACAGAGCAGUUAUCAUUCCAGUCUAUAAAUAUAUACACAGCACUGAGACAGGCUUCUAAGUUAAACUGUCAUCUCAGUAUGUUGUCCUUAAGAAACGCUGCAGACGAAUUGAAGGACGAAAACAAAGUUGUACAAACACACCCAGUGUCGGUUCCUACUUGACUGCAAGGGGGUAAUUUUAUUGUGGCUUAAGCAGUCCCUUGUUAGUUCCAUUGUGUACUGAUGUAGCUGUGUCAUACUGUAUAUGUGAAGGAUUCAGUCAUUGCCACGAUAUUUGUUGCAAUCAGUGGAUGCUGAUCAGUUUGGGUUUUAAAAUACAUAUAUUUUCUAAAUGCUUAUGUAGAUGUUAUGAACCUUGUUGCAGUAUGUUCAACAGUGAUCGAGGGAAAGCAAAUUGUGCCGUGCAGUCGUUUUUUUGUUUGGGGAGAGUUGAUUGAUGCAAUGUUCUAUAAGCUGCUAAAAAUAUAUAUAUACCUUGGUUAUGUAUCAUUGUCACUUUUGUAUGUGUGAGACAGCCUUUGAGGAUUAUUCUUUCUGUUGAGUGUCAUGCCUGGGACGUAGUGUAAAUUGAAAUAUUGGUAUUUUAGGUUUGCUUACUGUACCAGUUAUGCCACAGACCAGAAUGCCUCCAUGUCCCUGAUAUGCCAGGAUGUACCAUUUACCAUCCUGACUCAUCUUACUUGGCCCUCUUUUGUCAAUGCUGCUGCUGUUUGGCAGUUUGUCCAUUUGUAAGAAGAGCACGAGGUGCAUGCGUGCCUGUCUGUUAAUGUGAAUCUUGAUGUAGUUAAAGGUUAUUUUGUCUCCAGAAGGGAAGAAUGUGGGCAGAUGUGAUGUGAUGUGAUGACAUUCCUGCAGCUUGCCUGGACAGCCAGUCACCCAACAGUGACUUCGAUCAAAGUCCGCAGUCAGGUUUCUACUAUUUGUCUCUACCUGUCUUAAUCCUUGUCAUAUCCCACAUUUUACUGACACUUUGCAGUGUUGGACUACUUCUUUAUCUACAAAGUAGAUUCCUAUACACAUUUGAUAAUCAAAUUGUUUAUGUAAUUAAAAAUACAAACACAAAUAUAUAUAUUUACAUGUAAAGUAGGUUUCAGAAUUAGCUUGUGAAUGGUCAAAUUGUGAAUUUUUGCACGUUGGAUUUUUUGGUUUCUUGGAGGAAUGUAUUUUACUAGCCUUGCUUAAUCCUUUGGUGAACUUGUAUACUGGUACGUUUUGUGUCUAAAGAUAUUUUAAAAUGUAAAUGUUUUUAAACAGUAACACUGAGAAGAUGUAACACUCUGUACUGUCUCUGUUUACCUAAUGUGGUGUCUUAAGUGCCAUUUAUUCUAAAUCAUGAAGGAAAAUGUCACAAUCAGUGUAAAACAAGAAUGUGCAGUAACUGAUUAAUAUUAAUGAGUGCUAACUAAGCGUACUAACAUGUAAACCUACACAGAUGAUGUAGACUUAACAGACUUUCCAUGCAUUUCACAGUGCAUGGUGAUCCCAAAUGCCUUGGUGUGUAUGCAGAGGGUUACAGUACCUGCUGCCUUUGCUCCUUUCUCUGUACUUUGUGCUGCAUAGCAACUGUGGUGUGAAUGUUUUGUUGGUAAGUCUUUGUGUCACAUGUAUAAACUCAAAUCUCAAUAAAAGAUGGGGGCAAAACAAA